AUGGCUCCUGGGCCUUCGUCCUACGGCGCGGCGUCCGAGUCGGAGAGCUCCCUCGCGAGCUCGGAAAGCUCGGACUGCUCUUGGGCACUCAAGGGCCUCUCCCCUUGCACGCACUACGAAAGGGUGCAGAUGAAGCUGGUCGGAUCUCAGGCCCUCAAGGCGUCGCGGCUGGGUGGGCCAAGGCCUCAGCGCCUGCCGGAUGGCACUUGGGUCACCGCCAAGUACUGGGGCAUCCGCCAGAAGCAGAUCGAAGAGCUUUACAAGUCGAGUCGUCUGGAGUCAGGCUGGUCUGACGAUGCCGAUGUGCAUCACUUCGUCGAGACUGUUGUGAAGCCUGCUACUGCUGGCACUGAGAUGGGCUACGCACUCAUGCUGAACCAGCAUGCUCCACAGCAAGUCACACUCAUGAUCUCCCACGCCUGGGUGGAAAACGCGCGGGAAUUCUUUGAAGAUGUACUGGCUUCUACCUGGGAUACAGAGGUGGCAUUCAUCUGCUUCCUCUCCAACUUUCAAGGCACUCCCGAGCAGAUCGACGCGCAGCUGGGCAAUGACAUUCUCAAGAGCCCCUUUACGGAGGUGAUCAGAAGUCCGGCUUGCCAGCGCAUGCUCGUAGUGCCGAAUGAAGUGCUGCGGCAGAACGGGCGCGGUCUGUACAGUAGACUCUGGUGCAUCUGGGAGAUCAAGGUGGCAGCAGAUGCCGGACUACCGAUACAGAUCGUGGAUCGGAAGAGCGAGGAAGAGUACUUGCUCGGUAACUCCACGGUGUCCUCCAAGAAUGCUCGCUGUGGAGAUCCAGACCUGCCGAUGAACAAAGAUGAGCAGCUGAUCCGCUCGGCCAUUCACAAGUUACCUCCCCAUAGCUCGCGUUCGGCCGCCGCGGGCUGUUUCGCAGUUUGCUGCUGUUGUUCCUAUGGAAGCUGCAUCGGGGUCAACUUGACCAAGAGUUAUCUCGGCCUGCUUUGUGGCAGUCUCGUCGGCUUGUUGGCGAGUACCUUGGCCAUCACUUUCAUUGUCCAACGGCUGCGCAAGUGCGCAUGGAAUUUGCAAGACCUUUCUGGGUAUCACAUCCUGGACAGAGUCAUUCGAGAUUCUGCCAGGGGUGCUCAUUCUUGGAGGCGAAUCACAGCACAUGGUGACGUGCCACUCAUGGUGGUGACGACCUGCUUCUGGGCCGGCUUCGCUGCUGCCCUGCGCUGCAGCGUGCUGCUUGAUCGUAUGUUGAAGUGUUUGUGA